AUGGAGCGACACAUCACCUCGGAGGAGCUCCGCGAAGGAGGCGGAGCCUGUUUGAGCAGAGCGAGCUCAACGGCCUGUGAUGCCGAGCACCCGAGGCCAUCCGUCCAUCCCAACCAAAUGUAUACCCAGACCCCUGAGAGACGCCGCCCUUUUGGGAGAACAGGAGCCGACAGCGCCAAGAUCAUGCAGGAGCUUAGACACAGAGUUCAGAACCUUGAGCAGGAGUUGGCGGCAAGGGACCAAUCCCAGGGGAACGCCAGCCGCUCACACGGCGGCGCUAGCCAGUCCCAUGCCCGCACCCACUCUUCUCCCUCUCGUGCACGCGAUAGCCAAGGAAGAAGCCUAACAAGGCACGAAGAGACACACACACAAGCGACCUCCAGAACCACCCGAAGCAAGUCGGAAAGCCGUUGGGGGUCCCAGAAAGAGGAGACCCGGAGACAAGAAAACCCCAUCGUCAUGGGGGCAACCCCUUUUCACCCCUCAAUUCUCAAAGUCCGGCUCCCGAGAAACUUCGACAAGCCAACGGACAUGAGAUAUGAUGGGACCAAGGACCCCCAGGAACACGUCACAACUUUUGAAGAAAGAAUGAAUCUGGAAGGAGUAGGCGACGCAGUCAGGUGCCGGGCGUUUCCCGUAACACUAGCCGGCCCGGCGAUCCGAUGGUUCAACACCCUCCCGCAGGGAUCCAUCACGACCUUCGCAGACAUAUCCCAGAAGUUCCUAGCGCAGUUCACGACGUGCAUAGCCAAAGCAAAGCACCCGAUUAACUUGUUAGGGGUUACCCAAAAACCCGGUGAGCCGACCAGAAAAUUCUUGGAUAGGUUUAACGAUGAAUGUCUAGAAAUUGACGACCUCACGGACUCAGUCGCUAGCCUAUGCCUAACAAAUGGCCUGCUGAAUGAAGACUUUAGGAAACACCUAACAACCAAGCCUGUAUGGACCAUGCAGGAAAUCCAGAGCAUAGCCAAAGAGUACAUCAAUGACGAGGAGGUCAGCCAGGUUGUGGCAGCCAAUAAACGGCAGCCCGCCAACCCGCCAGCACGGCAGACACAUCAACUCGAGCGAUAUAAGGAAGCCCCCAGAGAUGGCAUCCUAAACAAGCUACCCAAGCAGCCACGGGUAGGAAGGUUCACGAACUACACGCCACUUACGGCACCCAUAGUGGAAGUCUACCAGCAAAUCGCAGACAAGAGAAUCCUAUCCAGACUCAGACCCCUGAAGGAGAGAACGGGAGGCAACAAGAGCCUUUACUGCGAUUACCACAAAGGGUUUGGUCACAAAACACAAGACUGCUUCGACCUCAAGGAUGCCUUGGAACAGGCCAUCAGAAAAGGGAAACUGAGCGAAUUCUCCCGACUUAUCAGGGAACCGAGGAGACGAGAGAGAGAGCGCUCCGAGGAAGACCGAAACCGGGCAGUCAAACCUAGACAAGAACCCACAGGGGAUGCCAGUAAUCCCCCAACUUUCGUGGUUAAUAUUGUGGUCGGACUAGACAGUCCCCCCAAAUCUAAGUCAGCAACAAGAAAGGACUCCCGGGUGCUCUCCAUCUCGACGGAUAGCCCCACCACCAGCAAGAGACUCCCGACAAUAUCAUUUGGUCCAGAAGACAUAUGGUUCAAGGACCUCCCUGAAAAUCCUCCCAUGGAAGUCACAGCGAUGGUCGGGACAGGGCUGGUCAGACGCAUCCUCGUCGACACAAGAGCCGACUCGAAUAUCCUAUUCAGAAAUGUGUUCGACGCAAUGGGGCUCAAGGAAUCCGACCUCAAAAGCCAUCAACACGGAGUCAUGGGACUUGGUGAUAACUACAUAAGACCCGACGGAACGAUCUCUCUCCCGAUCAGCCUAGGAACUGGCGACGCUAGGAAAUCGGUUAUGGCAGACUUCGUAGUCCUUAGAGACUCCACCGCCUAUAACAUCAUCCUAGGAAGGAAAACCAUCAACGAAUUCUCAUCUGUAAUAUGA